AUGCGAGGAGCUCAAGCUUUACAGUUUAUUCGCAGAACAGUGACGUUAGGUCAACAUUUGUGUCCUGCACCACUUACGGCGGGGACUCGUUUGGAGUUUGGUUCGUUUCUUCAAGAAAACCCUAACGAUCUUGUUUAUACCCAUAACCGUAAGAUUGAUGAGUUGAUUAAAUCCGGGAACUUGAUGUCUGCACACGAAGUGUUCGAUGGAAUGUCCGUACGAGAUGUUGUCACUUAUAAUCUUCUUAUUUCUGGUCAUAGUCGAAAUGGGUGUUCUGUAAGAGCUAUCGAGCUCUACGCGGAGAUGGUCUCUCAUGGUCUUAGAGAGAGCGCUUCCACUUUUCCUUCCGUUCUGAGUGUAUGUGGCGAUGAAUGGUUCUGUAGAGAAGGAACUCAAGUUCACUGCAGGGUGGUUUUGCUUGGGUUUGGAUGUAAUGUUUUCGUCAGGUCUGCACUUGUUGGUCUCUAUGCGUCUUCGCGGUUUCUUGAUGUUGCUUUGAAGUUGUUUGAUGAAAUGCCUGAGAGAAAUUUAGCUGUUUGCAAUUUGCUGUUGCGAUGUUUUUGUGAGACUGGAGAUUCCAAUAGGUUGUUUGGAGUGUACCAGAGGAUGGAACUUGAAGGUGUUACUGAAAAUGGGUUGACUUAUUGUUAUAUGAUCCGUGGUUGCUCUAAUAAUCGGUUGUUAUGUGAAGGGAAGCAGUUGCAUUCCCUAGUGAUUAAAUCUGGAUGGAACAUUUCUAAUAUUUUUGUGGCUAAUGCGCUUGUGGACUUGUACUCUGCUUGCGGCGAUUUAUCUGGUUCGAGGAGAUCAUUCAAUGCUGUCCCUGAAAAGGAUGUAAUAUCGUGGAACUCAAUUGUUUCUGUGUGUGCAGAUUACGGGUCUGUGCUUGAUUCUCUUGAUUUGUUUAGAAAGAUGCAGUUUUGGGGGAAGAGACCUUCAAUACGGUCAUUCAUGUCGUUUCUCAAUUUAUGUAGCAGUAACAGCGAUAUUCAGUUUGGGAAGCAGAUCCAUUGCUGUGUCCUUAAGAUGGGUUUCGAUGUUUCGAGUCUUCAUGUCCAGUCUGCUCUAAUUGACAUGUACGGAAAAUGCAAUGAGAUUGAGAGUUCUGUGUCGGUUUACAAGAGUGUGCCUUACCCGACUCUGGAGUGCUGUAAUUCGCUGAUGACUUCUCUGAUGCACUGUGGUAUCACUAAAGAUAUCAUCGAGAUGUUUGGUUUGAUGAUUGAUGAAGGAGCUGGAAUCGACGAAGUUACUCUUUCUACUGUCCUCAAGGCUUUAUCACUUUCUGUACCAGCAAGUUCACCUAGCUGCACGCUUGUACAUUGCUGUGCCAUCAAAUCCGGUUAUGCAUCUGAUGUUGCAGUCUCAUGCUCCCUAAUUGACGCAUAUUCAAAGAGCGGCCAGAAUGAUGUAUCUCGAAAGGUGUUUGAUGAGCUUGAUUCACCCAACAUCUUCUGCUGGACUUCGAUCAUCAAUGGCUAUGCUAGAAAUGGCAUGGGAAAAGACUGUGUUGAGAUGCUUAGAGAAAUGGAUCAGAAGAAUCUCAUACCAGACGAAGUUACAAUCUUGUCUGUACUAUCAGGUUGCAGUCAUUCUGGGCUUGUUGAAGAAGGCGAGCUGAUUUUCGACUCAUUAGAAUCAAAAUACGGAAUGUCCCCAGGAAGGAAACUCUAUGCGUGCAUGGUCGAUUUGUUAGGGCGUGCUGGUUUGGUGGAAAAAGCCGAAAGGCUGCUUCUUCAGGCACAUGGAGAUGCCGACUGCAUCGCGUGGAGCUCGUUACUGCAGAGCUGCAGGAUUCAUGGAAACAAAGCAAUAGGAAGAAGGGCAGCGGAAGUUUUGAUGGAUCUUGAACCUCAGAAUUUUGCUGUUUACAUUCAAGUUUCGAAAUUUUACUUUGAGAUCGGUGACUUUGAAAUGUCCAGGCGAAUCAGAGAGAUUGCUGCUUCAAAAGAGCUCAUGAGGGAGAUCGGUUACAGUUCAGUCGUUGUGAAAAACUGA